GUCAUACAUAUACCCGGUGAACACAGGCGGCAUCUCAGACUCACCGGGCCGAGCUGAUAAGUUUAGUUUUGUUAAAAUAGACCAGAUAAGUAAAAGGGGAAGAAAUAAACUUAUUUAACAACUUAAGGAGCUGUCAGAAGUGGUUGAAGAGAGGCAUCUGAAGCCAUUUACUAGGUCUCCCUUUUAAGCUACACCGUACUUGGCGAAGCUAUAUUUAUUUAUUUAUAGUUUUUUAUCGUUCAUUUUAUUUAAAAGUCGAAUUCUGAGGAAAACCGAGGGAAAAGGGCGAAGUUUCAACCGAGUCAACGUACGUCGAGACGACAUCGAACAUUUGACAAGACGUGAUGGGGGACGGAAAGCAACUGACCUUGCCGCUGAUGCUGACUGUCGGGACGGCUGUGAUCGGCUCCCUUCAGUUCGGCUACAACACGGGUGUCAUCAAUGCCCCGCAAAAGAUCAUUGAGAACUUCCUCAAUGAGACAUGGUUUGAUCGAUAUAAGGAAAGCAUCUCAAAAACAACCUUGACUACCCUGUGGUCUCUGUCUGUGGCCAUCUUCUCUGUGGGUGGCAUCAUUGGAUCCUUCUCCGUCGGGCUGUUCGUCAACCGCUUUGGAAGGAGGAACUCCAUGCUCAUGGCCAAUGUCCUGGCUUUUGUCGCUGCAGCACUGAUGGGCUUCUCUAAGAUUGGGGCAUCCUGGGAGAUGCUCAUUAUUGGGCGGUUCGUGGUGGGCCUUUACUCCGGUCUGACCACUGGCUUUGUGCCCAUAUAUGUGGGUGAAGUGUCCCCCACAGCCCUCAGAGGAGCCCUGGGCACCCUUCAUCAGCUGGGAAUUGUUGUUGGCAUCCUAAUGGCUCAGAUCUUUGGUAUGGACGUAGUCAUGGGUAAUGCCACCAUGUGGCCGUUCCUCCUUGGCUUUACCUUUAUCCCAGCCCUGGCGCAGUGCUGUUUACUGCCCUUCUGCCCCGAAAGCCCACGAUUUCUCCUCAUCAUCCGCAACGAGGAAGACAAAGCCAGAGCAGUGCUUAAAAAGCUGCGUGGAACCACAGAUGUGAGCACAGACAUGCAGGAGAUGAAGGAGGAGAGCAGACAGAUGAAGAGAGAGAAGAAAGUGACCAUUCCUGAACUGUUCCGCUCUCCGCUCUACCGACAGCCCAUCGCUAUAGCCAUCAUGCUGCAGCUGUCCCAGCAGCUGUCUGGAAUCAAUGCUGUAUUCUACUACUCCACAAAGAUCUUCGAGAGGGCCGGUGUGCAGCAGCCGGUUUAUGCCACUGUUGGAGCAGGAGUCGUCAACACAGCUUUCACUGUUGUGUCGCUGUUUGUGGUAGAGCGAGCGGGCCGCAGGUCUCUGCACCUCUUGGGACUGAUGGGAAUGGCUGGAUCUGCUGUACUGAUGACCAUCGCUCUUGCCUUGCUGGAAAAGUAUGACUGGAUGUCCUACAUUAGCAUCAUAGCAAUCUUUGGAUUCGUGGCCUUCUUUGAGAUCGGACCGGGCCCCAUCCCAUGGUUCAUUGUGGCAGAACUGUUCAGUCAAGGCCCAAGACCCUCUGCUUUUGCUGUUGCUGGAUUCUCCAACUGGACAGCGAACUUUAUCGUGGGCAUGGGCUUCCAGUAUGUGGAGGAGCUCUGUGGGCCGUACGUGUUCAUCAUCUUCACCGUAUUUCUACUGUGCUUCUUCAUCUUCACCUACUUCAAAGUCCCAGAGACCAAGGGCCGGACGUUCGAUGAAAUCUCCGCAGGUUUCCGCCAGACAGCAUCAGGGGCUGAGAAGUACUCGCCCGAGGAGCUCAACAGCCUGGGGGCGGACUCUCAACUUUAAACCCCUCCUUCAGCCCCGCCUUCCUCACCGAUCACUGAUCUGCAUGCAACUACUGAGGAGAAGGGGUCAGCAGGCUGUCAAUCAAACAUUUCCUCCUUGCCACGGCUGCACUCGUCUCUUAGUCCCUGAUACACCUUAGUUUGAAAGGCAGGGAGUGAGAGUAGGCAUCAUAUUCCUUUUAUCAGAAAGAUAAUCGUUUGAGGUGAUGUAUUUUGCGUUGGAAUCGCUUUAGCCUUGUCUAACUUGGUUUUAUGUUUUUCUAAACUGUUACUUUUGCUGUGCAAUGUGAGUAAAAAAUUGAUGGUCUUCCGGUCACUCCUGACCGAACCGUGACACUGUUGAUGUCACAAACCCAAAGGCCAAACAUAUGCAGAUUGACAAUUCAGUACUGUAUUCCAUAUAACUGUAUCUCCAAUAUAAAAGGUGUGUGGCCUUGACAAGUCGAAGUUAGAUUAGCUUAAAAAAAAAUAUAUAUAUAUAUAUAUAUAUUUUUUUUUUUAUCCUAAAAAUACAGUUUAACUAAAAGCCCUAUAUGAUGUCAUCCAUUGAAACAAUAUGACGUCAUACAUGUAUGUACAUUUAACUUCUGCAUAACAAGCAUUUUUUUUUUUUUUUUUACUCAUUACAAGAUAUUUUGUCCCUAUAUUCAUGUCAAUGUCUUCUGUUCUAGCUUUUCAAGAUGCGUUUAAAUGCAUUUAUAUUUUGUAACAAAUUCUCUUGCUCUAUGAAAUGCAGUUAGUUAUGAUCACUCCAGGGGGAGACAAACAGAACAUUUCGAAGUCGUUUCAUGAUGUUACUUGUCACUGAAUAUUACAUCAACCCAACUUUUUAAUGAAAGGUCGUCACUUUAUAAUGCACAAUCAGAUGUUCUCUUCAAUCAAAGUAUUAGCAUCAGUGCAAGUGAAUGUUGAUCAUAAAGUACAGCAAAUAUCUGACAUUCAUAAUGUCACUCAUGAGUAAUAGUUCAGAUGUCAGUAGUUUAUGCGUUUUGCACAGUCGAAUCCCUCCAGUUGAGGGGAAAUUAUCGAGUUGGGGAAACACGGAGAGCGACCAAAAUGCACUGUGACUCGUGGCAUGAUUAGAGUGCACUGAACAGCCUUCCUCUUCCUCUUCUUCAUCAGACCAUUGAUGAUGCUGUUAGUACAAACCAUGUGUCUGCUGUUCAGCUUGCUCUGACAGACACGUUUGGAAACACAGUAUGCCUGGCUCCAAUGUGCCUUGUCAUUUUUUCAGACUCGUAGUUUUCUUUUUUAACCUAGUAUGUUCACCCUUGAUAGUUCAUGCAUACAGUAAGUAUUUGAGAUUUUUACGCACAUCAGUCGUCAAAUGCGGUUUUUAAACUUUAGAAUAAAUUAUAGUUUUUAGGUAAAAAACCUAAAUGCUUGCUAUUCACAUCUAAUAAAUCACCUAUAUUAUUUGUCACUUUUUAGACAUAUCAGACACCUGUAAAUUAGUUUUUUUUUUUUUUUUUUUACUUUUUAGUGCAGUUUGAGUGUGUGCAUGAGAUAUUUGGCCAGCAAUACAAACAGGUCAAAUUAAUUUCUGUUUCAACACCAGCAUCCUGAAUACAUGUUCACCCUCACAGCAUUCCAUACGAGUGUUUGAGAUUUUGUACACAUCAGAAAGACACGAGUGUGUGUGUGUUUCAGAUCAUAUGCAUGUACGUGUGAACUCUCAGAAUGAGCGUGUCCCACUGAAAUCACUGAUGUGUGUUGUGUGGAAUUGUCAAAGAAAGAAAUAUUUUAAAGCAUAUGGAGAGUUUGUUGAUUGUAACUGUAAAUAAUGAAUGUAAAAUAGGUGAAUUUUAUGUCUAAGAAAUUGUAGUUUUAUAGUGUGAUUUUAAUAGCUGUACCGUUUUCAUCUAUUUUUAUAAUGUAGAAUAGAUUUCUUUUCUUUAAUGCACUAUCAUGGUAGUAAAUACUGUAAGACAGUGUAAACACCUUACCUUUUUUUGUUUACCAUACUGUAUUUAUUAGUUCACCUAAUUUAUUUAGUUUUUUUGCUUUCAGUUUUACUUCUGUUAUGGAAAUAA